UUUAUGUGACUUAAUCAAGUCUAAUUUGUAUUCAAAUUAAAUAACAAGUGUUCUAGUAUAAGAGAUAUGAUUAUCUGUUAUUUCAUUUGAAUUUAAUAUACUUCUAAUUGACCACAAAUACUUAUAUGUACAUAUAUACGCAGUAUUUACAUAUUUAUCCUUGAGAGUAACACGUGUCUAUGUUUAUAUGCAUGAUAUGCUGUAAGGAAAUUUACGUUUCUAGUACAAUUAACACUGUUAGCAUGAAAGGAUUGCAAAAGUGUUUAAGAAAUUGUUUGCAUUUUUUGAAAUAUAAAAUGAAAAAUUAUUUUAAAUAUCAUCUAGCCAAAUAAGAUAAGAUACUAUUCAAAUAAAUGUCCAAGACUGUAUACAUAUUUCUAUCACGAUAAUUAAAUAAUGUUUCUCAUUACCAUCUGAUUUAUAUUAAAUAAUAGGCGAUAUUCGAUGCGAUGUCAAUGCCCAAGCAAGUAUAAUUUGGGCGAGCAGCUAUUUAAAGUGACGGCGACAUAUCCACACAGAUAUAUUCAAUUACAGUCGCCAGUUUUAAAUAACUGCUAAGUAAAAUUCUGGUGCUCGCCAAAGAAAGCAAAAGUUCAAGAAAUAAGUGUUCGUCUUGUAUUUGCUUAGAAAAGAAAUGAAAAGAACGAAUAAAAUUCGAUGAUUUGACACUUUUCAUUUUGUAAUAUUGAGUUUGUUUAUAUCUACCCAACAUCAUGGCAGCAACAUUAAUUGCCUUAGCAGUUUCGACGUUGUACAUCGUACUUACAAGCCUCAUAGCUUAUUGGAUGAGGAGAUAUACGGCCUAUUACAUACGGGACCCGUUCGUAAGGUCCCUAUUUUUAGAAGGGAUUGCCACCGGUGAAUUAUGUGGAGCUUGUUUCGAACUCAUAAUAAUUGCAGACAAUUGGGGUGUCUCCAUAUACGGCCUAUAUUUAUUCAUCCUGACAAUCUGGUGGUCCCUGAAUUGGGGUGAUGCCACUGCCUGCCCUUACACGCACAUCGAGGACGUCGUUGAAGGACAAAAAUCGGUCCGCGACGCUUUCCUUUUAAUUUGGGCUGAAUUAGUCGGCGGCCUCGUCGUUUUUAGAUACAUACAACUGCUCUGGGCAUUGGAAAUUGUUUCUACGCACAAGAACAAAGCAUUCGAAGAUUGCACCACUGAUCUACAAGUGCCCGUAAUAUUUGGAGCAUUUGUCGAAUGCGUAGCAACUUGCGUGUACAGAGUAGUCUCGCGUGGCUUAAGCGAAAUAAAUAGCAGGUUUAGCAUCAUUAUCGACUCGUUUAUCGGAACGAGCUUGGUGAUUGCAGCCUUCGACUAUUCUGGCGGCUACUUUAAUCCCGCGCUGGCGACCUCCUUGAAAUACGGAUGUUUGGGAACGACCUUUAUGGAGCACGUGAUAGUUUAUUGGGUUGGUGCAUGUGCCGGUUCCAUUGCCUCUUUACGAGUUUAUAAACAUCCGUUUAUUCAAAACUACGUGGAACAACAUAAGGAGAAAACUCUUUGAGCCAGGAAUGUAUACAUAGAUUUUGUGUUCACUUUUCUCUUGUUUAUUUAACUUGCUGGCCGUGUAACAUUGUACCAGGGUAGCCGAUACGUUUAUCUAACAUCGUUUUAACGAUCCAUUUAGAUUGUUAUCGAAACUGUACACAACGAAUCACAAAAGAACUUAGCAAUUUUUUUAUUUGAACAAAGUAUUCAGGUUAGGAUUUCUGUGGUUCUCACUGGGUCCUUUUGGAUUCUGCAAGGUCUCUAGGACAUUUUAUUUCUUUUAGUUGUUUCUAGGAUCUUCUUAGGUUUUCUCUAGUUUCUCUCAAAUUAGAGAACUUUCAAGUGAACUCCAAGAUUUUCGUAGAUUUCUCUGGAAUUCAUUUUCAAUUCCCUCUGGAGUCAUUUAGAUUUGGCUUCUUGUGCAUUCUUUCUGAAUUUUUUGGGGUUUCCUCAAAUUAUACUGUUCUUGAAUUCUUUUUGAGUUCUUUUGGAGUUCCUCCAAAUUAUAUUCUUGUUGCAUUCUCUUUGAAUUUUUUGGGGCUUCCCCAAAUAAGACAUUUCUGGAUUCUCUCUGAAUUGUUUUGGAGUUCCUCUUAAAUUAGAUGUUCCUUGGAUUCACUCAAGGUUUACUUGAACUCUCUCAAAGUAGAAUGACCCUAAAUUCUCUUAGGAUUCCAUCAAAUUAGUUUCUUCUUGUUGGUAACUAAUAUAUUCAUUGUAAUAUAUUGUUUUUAAAUGUACAAACACUUUUGUGAUUCAUUGUAUACAUAUGUUUACGCACAAGUGAACUUUUAUGCAAUCAUAGAUUUUGUUGUAUAUUCAAGAAAUUUGCAGUACAAAAAUGAGUUCAAAAAGUUUGUGUAAAUUUCUAGAUUAUUUUUGGCAAUGUAUUUGAAUGGAUUCAUUGUCUUGAAACUGUAUAAAUUGCUGUAUUUUAUGCUUUAUUGGUAAUGUAUAUAAUGUAAAAUAUGUAUAUAUUGGAUU